AAAAAAAAGAGAGAAAGAAAGAUACAAGCAAUUAUAAAGUAAUUCCUUGAAUAAAUAGGAAAAUUUGUGAAAGGCAGAGAAAGAACGAAAGUACCAAGAGAGGGAGAAGAAACCGAAGACCAUUUGCAGAAAUUUGUUUCUUGUUUCCCUUCUGAAUCUAUCAACAGCUUGUUUUUGGAAUUUGCGUACAUAUCGUUGAAAACUCAGACCAGAUUCAGCAUAGAUUUUCAGUUUAUUUCAAGGCAAGGGAUGUGGAAUAUGACGGCCCAGUAUUCUCCUCUCUUUUAUGCACUUGUCUUGCAAAACAGGACAGCUAGAGAUGCAUAGUCGUCCAAGUGAGGCCGGUAGGCCUGUCUUUGGUAGAAAUCGGAACUUACGGCAGUCUUUAAUGUGCAAAUCUUCGAGUGCUGUGAGGUUUUCGAGUCCCCUUGAUAGAGAUUCCAAAUUCUGGAGGCUUUCCAUGCAAAGAUUGGUUAAAGUGGAAGGAAGCAUCACGCCCUCGUCAUCUGGAAAGGAAACCGUAUCUGCAGCCGGGCACGCACCAACAAUUUUGAUUUCUGGUGGCAAACCACCAUCUGGAAUGGAUGUGAGAGCCACAGAAUCAGAAAAACUCAAUUCUUGAAGGAAGGUGAGGUUCUGUAUCUGGGUUGGCAGGGCCCUGAGAUUCCUACAAUUGGAUAUGCGAAAAAUUUUAAGAUUUGGGAUUGACAACCUGCCUUCGAGGAAGGAUUCUGAGGCAAGAGAAUCACCUAGACACGAAUAUUCAAGAUGACAUGUUCUAUUC